CUGUCACAGGCGGUCGAUCUGUGCCCCAUAUCAUGCACCCCUGUGGAGAGCACUCCUUGUCGGCCCUCCAACUCAAAUGAAGCUUUGAUCCCGUAUCCCAAUUUCCUUUGUUUCUAAACACAGCCCGGUUAUCUCAAAAAUGAGAAAAAAGAAUUAGUCCAUGAUCCAUCAUGAGAGAGGCAAUCUGGACGUUGUACACUCUUGCGGUGUUGUUGCAGCGCGUCUUGGCAUGGGAGCAUCUCGAAGGCAAGGAACUAGAAACAACACUCGGAGCUCGCGACCGGACACUUGUUGCAUUCUGCCAUUUUUCUAGGGAACACACUCAAGCCUUGGAACCUGAAUGGGCCGCCCUCCAGAAACAAAACCAAGAAGAUGUCUAUGUUAGUAUAGAUUGCUCGCAAGACGCAAAGCUGUGCCAAAAGUACAAUGUCCGAUCAUGUCCGACGAUCCGACUCUACAAACAAGAUGGCUCUUACACUUCCUAUCGUGGUCCGCGAAAAACCCAGCCUAUCAAGUCAUUUGUACAGAGACAGAGUCGCCCCGUCGUGUCUUAUGUGAACGACCAGUCCAUGCCAUCAUUUCAGACAUCAGACGAUAUCACAUUCAUCGGGCACUUUGGGCCUAGUGAGAAACAAAUCAAGGAGGAUUUCACUAAGCUGGCAAAACAGUAUCAUGAUCGAUUUUCCUUUGCCAUUGCCGACUACACUCUCCCGAAGGUACUUGUUGAGUGUUUCAACAAUGUCGACGAAACAAGUCUGUCGGCCGCCAGCAACGACGUGGCCAGCCCUGGGGCGCUCCAAGACUUCAUCUUCAGUUGCUCGACACCACUGAUCCCUGAAAUGACCCGAAGAAACGAAAUGGACUUCUUUCAGUCAGGGAAAAGUAUCGUUUACUUCUUCGCCCAUUCUCAGCAGAAAAAGGACGCCUUUGUCUCCGAUAUUCGACCAUUGGCCAAGAAAUACUACGAGUAUCUUCACUUUGUUACCAUUGACGCAAAAGAGUACGCCGACGCAGCCAAAUUGAUGGGCCUGAAAGAGGGUAGGACAGGUUUGUCGGUGCAGAAUCCCAACAACGGAGACGUCUUUCCUUAUGCUAGAAAGGAAACCAUUUCGGCGGCUGUAGUGGAGGCAUUUCUGGUGGACAUUAUCCAAGGGAAGGUGAAGCCUUGGAGAGGAGAGGAGCUACACCAGCAGGGGCAUGAUGAGCUUUAGAACUGAGGCAUCAAGCAGACUGGCUGUAAGUCAUCGGAUUUGGAGUACUGUAAUAUCUCAAAAGAAGAAAGAUAGGACAUAAUACAAAAAAGAAUCGUGGACGUUAAAGAAGGCAAGAAUGUGGAGCCGAAAAGGAGCCAAAAUGGA